AUGUCCGUUUCACGCAUUUCAGCCCGCGCCUUCAAGGCCAUCACUACACGGCAAACCCGCAACAUGCAUCAGUCUGGCCCAACAAGCUUUUCAUCACUUCUCACAUCCGACAAACCCCUCGACCGCCAAUCCUAUGCGCCCCGCUUGCCUGCCUCUGCAAACAUACCCGUGCCCGAGGCUAGCGAGACGGGUGCCAAAGUCCGUCACUUCAACACAAGCCGGACCCUCAAGGCUGUUCACGACACUUCUACAAUCGAUUUUGCGUAUAUCCCCGAGUUCAAUGGUGAAUUGCAGGUCGAAUCCGAGAAGUUGCGCGUCCCGAUUUUGCCCUGGAAGGAGCCUUCCGCAGCGGUGAAGCAAGAGUUUACAGAGAAGGAGGAAUCUGUCAUGAUGCCACAAAUCCAUACCAUCGCCGCAGACGGUACACACAUCCACGCGCCAUCGGCCAUGUCCGACAUGACUGAUAGCAAUCAAAUCGAUUACAAGGGCAUGGUCGAACAAGCUGCGAGCAAAAUCUCAGAACCCCUUGAGAAGGGCUCGGGUAUGGUUAGACAGAUCUUGACUGGUCUUGUCGAUGACAUCUUGGGUCCCAAGGGCAACACAUCCGCCAAGGCAUAA